AUGGAGAAAAAGAACACAAUGACCCAUCGAUUGCUCUCUCGUCUGCACUCGUCCAACUUUCCCGACGAGUGCCUGGGGUACAUAUUCAACUUCCUGGGCUUCCUCGACCGUGAAAGCUGCUCUCUUGUCUGUCGCCGUUGGCUCCGCGUCGAGGGUCAGAGCCGACAUCGCAUCUCCCUCGAGGCCAAAUCCGAUCUCCUCCCCGACAUCCCCUCUCUCUUCACUCGAUUCGAUGCCUUCACCACACUUGCCCUAAAAUCCGGCACCCCAUGCCGAUCCGUCCUCAUCGGCGACGAUGCUCUUGUUCUCAUCUCUAUCCACUGCCGUAACCUCACUCGCCUCAACCUCCAUGCUUGCACGGAGUUGACUGAUGCAGGCAUGGCCUCUUUCGCCGUCAACUGCAAGGGUUUAAAAGAGCUCUAUUGCGAUUUCUGCAACUUUGGUGCUAAAGGCAUGAACGCUGUCUUCGAUCACUGUUCCUCCCUCGAAGAGCUCUCCGUCGAGUGUCUUGGCGGCCUUACUGACAGUUGUGCUACCAUGCCUAUCGGACCAGGUGUCGCUGCUUACUCUCUUAAGACCAUCUGCAUAAAGGAGCAGCUUUAUAACGGCCAGUGCUUCGGACCGCUGAUUGUCGGCUCCAAAAAUCUCAGGACCUUGAAGAUCUCCCGCUGCUCUGGGGAUUGGGAUAAGCUCUUCGAAGCCAUAGUAGAACGAGUCACCGGUCUGGUUGAGAUCCAUCUGGAGACAAUCCCAAUAAGCGAUGCCGCCCUUGUCUCUAUCUCUAAUUGCUUGGAUUUGGAGAUCUUGCACCUUGUCGAGACUACCAAUUGCACGAAUGCGGGGCUUGUGUCCAUCGCUGAUCACUGCAAGCUCCUAAGGGAACUCCACCUUCAUAGCUGGAAGGCCGGUUAUGGUAUAGGUGAUGAGGGCCUUACUGCCAUUGCCAAACGGUGCCAUGACCUUGAGGAAUUGAUUAUCUUUGGUGCCAAUCCUACUUCUUUGAGCUUGGGUCUGCUCGCUGCCAAUUGCCAGAAUUUGGAGCGCUUAGCACUAUGUUGGUGUGACACGUUAGGUGACACCGAGAUUUCGUGCAUUGCUGCUAAAUGCAUCGCAUUGAAGAAUCUCUGUAUCAUGGGCUGCCGUAUCACCGAUGAUGGGCUGGAAGCGCUUUCUGGUGGCUGCCCUAAUCCGGUCAAGGUGACGAUGCGGUAUUGCAAGAGUCUAACUCGUGAUGGCACCGAUCGGUUGAAGGCAGCUCGGGGUUCAUUGGCUGUCAAUUUGUUCAAUCGCGAGAGCGAUCCGUAUAAGAUCAGUGAAACGGAGAUGAAGAUGUUGAGAUGGAUCAGUAACAAAACUAAGAAAGAUAAAGUAAAGAGUGAUCACAUAUUAGAGGCUAGAGCUGAUUUGGGAGUAGGUCCGAUACAUGAUAAGUUACGCGAACCUCGUUUGAGGUGGCAUGACUAUGUUGAUCAUCAAGAGGUGCUUACAUCUUGCUAA